AAGUUCCUUGAUCUGCUUGAAUCGCUUGGACUUGAACAGCACGUUACCGAAGCGACACAUAUAUUUGGUCGCACGUUAGAUCUCGUUAUCACGAGAUGUGUGUGUAAAUGUAACUUAACUGAGACACUGCUGGGGUCAACUCCACGCAGUUUUCGUUACCUCUCUGAUCAUUCGGCUGUUCGUUGUAGUAUUCGCAUAAACAAGCCUGCGCCCCAAGCCAAGAGGGUGACUUAUAGGAACACCAAGGGUGCGUUCCUUUGGCAUGAUCCGCAUCAGGAUCAGUGACCCGAGAUCACUCGGAUCAUGGUAGAUCAAAUGAACCGAAGAAUCCUUGUCCAGAGUGGAUUCAUCGUUCACUUGAUCUACCAUGUUCCGGAUCAUCCCAAAGGAACGCACCCCAAGUCUGUUGAUCUUGACUGCCUCAAGCAAGAUAUCGCGAAGUCAGAUCUGUGCUUGCAAGGCUGUGUUGGGUGCCCAUCCUCUUGA